AUGUACCACAAGUCACUCUUCCCAGACUUGCCAAAGGUCCCUGAAUCUAAUGUUCACCACCUGCUCUUCAACCGGCCCGACCAGCGGGAGUGGCCAGGUUACACUGGCGAGCGGGGUUCGUUCAGGGAGUUUGUCGAGCGCGUCCGCGAUGGCGCUACUGCACUGGGCGCUGAUGUAUCGCAACGUGGCCUUGGUCUUCGUCCAGAGAGUGGCGAUCUUGUAGGCAUACUGAGCGAGAACUGC